CAGCCUCAACACCAUCUCUCUUUUCUCUUCCUUCUUUGGUAUUUUCGGCCAAAGAGAGCCCUAAAAACCACCCAUCAUUUCUUACCAUUCUAGCUACUGCCCCAUUCUCUUCCUCUUCUUUCACACCCUUCAAGAUGUCAAACCCCUCUGUAAUCAUCACCAAUGAAGAGCUGUGGGCCUCGAAUACAGAACUCAAGACCCAAGUGGAGUACUUGGCUAAGCAGAUUGCUCAACUCACCAAAUUCAAAAUGAAAAUGAUGAAUACCCCUGAAGAAAGUGAAGAUGAGCAAGAGGAAGAAGCCCAGUCAGAAACUCAUCCUCGUCCCACAAGGAGAAACAACCAAGAGAAGUCAUCUACUGAUUUCAAAGUUGAAAUCCCAACUUUUGAUGGCAAAGAUGACCCCGAUGAUUUGAUAGAGUGGUUAGAGACGAUUGAACGUGUCUUUGACUAUACCGAGGUAUCGGAGGAUAAGAAGGUCAAGCUUGUGGCCUUAAAACUCAGAGGCUACGCAUCUACUUGGUGGACUAACACUACCACCAAGCGCAAAAGAGAAUGCAAGGCUGCUGUUAAAACAUGGACCAAGAUGAGAGCUUUAUUGAAGAAGAAGUUCAUUCCUACUCAUUUUAUAAGGGACAACUUUGCUAGGCUUCAAAACCUACGACAAGGAAAUCAGUCCGUAGAAGAGUACAACCGAGAGUUUGAAGAACUCUUGAUGCGAUGUGAUCUUCAAGAGAAUGAUUCACAAACCUUUGUGAGAUAUUUAUUUGGUUUAAACACCCAAAUAGCCAACACCGUGGAGCUGCAAAAUUUUGAAAGCCUUGAAGAUUUAACAAAGCUAGCCCUAAAAGUGGAAGCUCAACUCAAGAAAGGCAAUGGUUAUUACGGCCCGCCUUCUUACUACCAAUCACCCAACCGCCCUCCGUACCAAACCCACCAAACCUAUCACCCACAUCAAAACUCAUAUGAUGACGACUACCAAGUCAACAAUGGGUCUGACUACUAUCCCUACCAUGAGGAACCACCAUAUGAUACCCCGUCUAGAAACUUUGGGUAUUCUCCUUGCCAAGAUUCUGAUGGGGAUAAUUAUUAUGAACCUCAUGGUGAUCACGAUGACUAUGACCAAUAUGGGCCUAUGUACGACGAUCAACAUGAUCCACUCGUUGAAGAAAUAAUAAGAUUAGAACAGAAAAUCUUCUAUUUCGACGAAGUUUUAUUCGCUGAAGGCUCCUGGUAUGAACCACCCUACUCCCGUGACUAUACCCUGUUUGCCGAAGAACAAAUUGAAGCAAACAAGGUGGCAAUUCGAGAAAGAGCAAAACUUCUCGAAUCAGUCCGGAAGGAAAAGGAGUUCGAAAGGAGAUUAUGCGAAGGAUCAGAUAUGAUGCAGAAAAUGCUAGAUGACUUCCAAAGAGAGAGACUAGAAGCUGAGGCUAAAGCUGAUAAAUUGGUCAAUGAUCUCUGUAAGGCUAUUAAGCUUAAACGCUCCCUCCAAUCUCAAGAUCAAAUGAGGGGGAUUAAUGUUCAAAAAGAGGCUCUAGAACCUAAGACCAACCCUGAACCCAUCAACCAACAGGUGCCAGUUCUAGAAGAAUCACCAAGUUCUACACCCUCACAGAAGCCCGAGAGCAUAACAACUCUUGCUGGGGCUACUGUGGUGAUGUUACCCGAAUACCCUCCAAGCCAAGUCUCAACCGGCACAGUCGUACAUGAGGUGGAACCAACUAAGGGACCUAACUCAAAACCACCUAUGCUUAUUCAAGAACAGAAUGAGGAGGAAGUUUUGCCUAUGGCAAUAAACGACCAUAUCCUUAAUUGUGUUGAAGACACGCCUCCUGAGGAAUCUGUUCUGGAGGAGAUAGAGCCCACUACCUACCCCCAAGAUUCCAACAUUCAAGAGUCUAAGGAGGAAUCUAUAGACGGAGAAGUACCUAGCACAGAGGAACCAAUAAUGUCUAUAGAUAAUCAUGCUUCAUCAGAAGACUUAGACCAAACUUUCUUUGACUCCCUACUUGACGGGUGUGACUUUGUCUGCCCGAAGGAUAGUUGGAGCCAAAAGAGUUGGGAUGAACUUCUGGUAAGUGACACUGAAGACUCAUCCAUGGGCGAAAGCACGGUCGUAAUCAUCAAACCAAAAAUGGAUGGUCAGCCUGCUGAAGAUAAGGAAAAAAUCAAUCUCGCUAUGAAGGCCAAUGAUGUGGAUCAACUGAGGAGACUUCCGCCCCCACCCACCUAUCAAGAGUCUCCUCCUUUUAUCCUGUUGCCACCAAGCCGCAGGGAUGAGUCAAGGAUCCUGGACCUUGACCGAGCAACAAAUCGAACAAGGUGGCACCAGAAGAGAGUCAGAAGGGCCAAACUUUAUGAUUCUCGAAUCGGAAGUGGGAGCGAAGAAGAUGUCUCACCUGGGGAAAACACAAGGUUUCUGCAACCUUUGGGGCUUCUUGAUCCAACAGUCCUGGUUGAAGUUGGCUACUGAGAGAAUAUUGACUUCCUCAGUAAAGUCUCUUUUUCUCU